GAAUCGGUGCAGAAACAGUUCAUCACGACGUCGACCAAAAGGCAGUAGCAAGGUACCACCGGCAGCAGCAGUAGUAGGAGGGGCAGGGUCAGCAGCAGGCCCAUCUGCAGCAUCUUCUAAAGAGUCCGCAGGAGGGGGAGGAGGAGGAGGACGUCGUCGUUCCCGCAGUCAGGUACCAACGACCAAUAGUAGCGUCGGCGGAGGGGGCGGCGGAAGUGGUAGUGCCAGUGCCAGCCGGCGAAGCAGCAAAACGGAUUACCACCAAUCGACUCGGCGAAGAAGUCCUCCUUCUUCGGUCACUGACGAUUCUUCCUCCUCGCUACUGCUGUCGGUAUCGGUCGGUGGUCGCACAGCGGGGGGCACGGCAGGCGCCAUUGAACGGGAGCGUGAAAGCGGAGGAGGAGGCGGAGGUUCGGCCACCAGUCAUCAGCACCAUCCACAUCCGCCGGACUCGUAUGAGAAGAGUCACAACAUGGCUUCGUCCAAUCACCGAGGUAUACAGAUUGGCUCCGCUUGGUUCCAGCGAAAAAUCAAUCUGCGACCGCAGCACCGGGGUGUCCAUCUGGUGACCGAGGAAAUCCUGCGACAGAUGCCCGAGCUAGGGCA